AUGCUGCAGAUCUUACCACGGCUCUUGUCUGCCAGCUUCAGAUUCACUGGACGCUGGGAUAAUGCGCCUGGAAUGCUCGACCAGCUCACAUCUCCUGCCAUCUCCCGUUCAACAACGCCUUUUGUCCGUGCCGCAAAUAGUGGGAUUAUUAGUCCAGCAGCUGAGAUGGCCGGCUCUGCCCACACAACAUCGACGGCACGACCCGGGACGCACACUCCAUUCCGCAUCAUGGAAAAUGUCGCGGCACCGGAUGUUUUUGACCCUAGCAUCCUCUCUCGAGCUCGAGACUUUCUGCGAGCGCACGGCGGCUUUCCGGAAUCCCAGGAGUUCUCGAUGGACUUGCUGUUGAAACUUGGCGCCAUGAUGACCGAGCUGGAUUUUCAUCGGGACCAGGUUCAAGAGCUGGCCUCUGAAAAUGCGCAUUUGCGACAGGACAACGCGAACAUCAGAGCAUAUUUGGAUUCUAACCUAAGGACAGGCCGGCCUUUCGGGCCUGGUGGGGACUCUUCCGACAUUUCGCGGCCGCCAUCUGACACAACGGGGAAAUCAUGGGACAGGAUAGUAAUGGAUUUGAUCUGA